AUGGCUGGGCCGGGGCAGGUGCACCUCGUUGCCGUCUCCUUGAACCUCGGCCUGUUCGACAUGCGUCCAGCUGCCACUGGGACGAGAACCUUUGUCAAAGACAACCUCCAGGAGAUACUUGGCCGUGCAUGCGGGCCCACCCAUGUACCGCCCGGCGAGUUUCGCACGUGGCUGUACAAGGCCUGGUGCAACUAUACCGACAAGCCGCCGGGAGCCAGGAAGCCUACCGUGAUGCUGGGACAACUCCUCUCGUUGCCAAAUCUGCCGCAGGUGACCAAUCAGCUCGCCAAGAACAUGCUCCCCGGAGGGUCGGCGAAUGAGCGGGCCACUCUUGCUGUCAAGAUCCGCACCUUCGUGGCCCGGGCCGGCCGCAACAACCAAAUCGGCUACACUGGCCGCGUAAUCAUGACGGCUGGCGACAGGGCCGUCGUGACCAAGCUGCUCGUGGAGAGGGGAUUGAGCCACGAAAGCCCGCUGGUAUCGGACCACAUGGCCCAGCAAGUGUUGGCUACCCUCCGCGCAAUGGGGGUGGAACCCGGCAUCGUCAACUGGAAUCCCCAGGAGUGGUCUAUCCGCGACACUGCUUUAGCGGUCGUCGCUCUGAAGAUUCAUUCCCCGCGGUGGUGGCGGGCCUGCGGUUUUGAGGAUGUGUCGGUGAUCUUACCCUUCCACCAACUGGAACGAAGUGAUGUGGCGCGCGCUGCGCACGAUCUCCUGUCGCUUGAUCCUGAGAUAUUCCGUCUCCUCAAGGACGAAGACGACAUGCUGGCGCCGUUUCAUCUCACUUUUAACGACUUCGAUGACAUCAACAAGGUUUUCGGCCAGCUGCUUACCGUCCCCGGCCGGCACGCGAGCGAAGAGGAUCUGUGGGCAGAAGAGCGCCUGUCCAAGACGCUUGAAUUUAUCAUUGGGCCUCGCCUUCACCGGCGUCUGCGGGCAGGCACGAUCUCUUUCACUACCACUCUUCCAAGCCAGCAGCCGUCUCUUGACGAGAGGCCGAUGGAGGAGCUUUGCCAGUCGGUCCCUGCUACCAACGAUCAUCAGGAAUACCUUCGUAACCUAGAGCGCACGGAUAUCGUUCAGCCUUACCGCGUUCAUCUUCACGAAACAUCCGCCAACUUCGACGACGACGACGAGAGCGAGGACGAGGACACGGGUGCUGGAAUCCAACCAGACGACAAUCCUUCUGGUGAUGAGGACGAGGCAACAGACGUCGACGAGGAGGAGGAGACUCCGGCUGCCGGUGAGGGUAUUAAUACCAGUCACCGGUCUCCGACCGACAAGGAGCGCGAAUUGAUGGAUCGCUUCGAUGGGCAGCUUCAAGCGUUCUUGGUCGCUCUUAUCGACCUGGACGUGUCGGGCACGAGUGAAACGUUUUCGGACCUCAUGAAAGAGGCCAAGCUCCUCCUUCCCUUUGUCCACCACUGUAUCCUCAACAAUGACACGCAAGGUCUCUUCACCUCGGUCGACGGCAAGGCUCAACUGGUCGACCGCGACCGCCACACAUCCCUUGCGCCGUGUUUGUUCGAAACACACGGAGACAUCGAGCUCCUCCAGGCGCAGAUUGCAUGGAUGCUGUCGACCCACGGCCAGUUGUCGCAGAUUCUUCUCGACAUUGCGCAUUCUGAGAAUCCAGAAUCGAGAACGUCCCCCAUCCUAUUCGAGGCCUUCAAGGUUGGUCACAUCCCGCUGGCUUCCACUAUCAAGUGGCCUGGUCUCUAUCUGGUCAACCCGUUCGGAACAUGUUGUCUGUUCGGAAUGUCGUUUUCAUUGGGACUAAGCCCGCGCACCGCGACAUACUACACCCGAAAGUCAACGCCGGCUGGCAAGCGCGGCGCCGUUGCCCGCCACGUUGAAUUCCCAGGCCAGAUAUACGCGGUCAUGUGGUUUGACGACCCGGCGCCCAAAUUCCUUCCGACGUUACCGGUGCCGAUGGGCGGCGUGUACGCUGCCAACACCCUCACCAUUCUCAUGACUGGUGCCGCCAUCACGUCUGUCGUCGAGCUCGAGAGCGCCGCGCGUGACUUUGCCAGCAGCAUGGACUCGGACGACGAGCCAGAGGGCGACAUUCUGGGCCUGAACAGCAACACGGCCGACCCCGGAUGCCCUCUCAGGAAGCAUGCUGGCAUUUCCAUGGCCGCCGCUCUCAAGGUCGUGGCCAAGGUGGUGGAGCUGUCGGAUGCCCAGACGACUAUGCCCAUUUUGGCAUCCAGCAACCCAGACACGACCAGGAAAGCCAGGGAGUUUUAUGACAAGCAUUUCAGCGGCAUCUUCCCUCCUGGCCUGGGCCUGUUUACCAUCGGAAGGUACAUGUCAUUGAAGCGCUCCGUCAUGGUGCAUGCCAUCGACACGUUCGAAAAGGAGAACCCGGGUCGUGAGGUCGACACAUACUUCAUCGCCUCCACGAGCUACUCCCGUUACCGCGCAUCGUUUGACAAGGAUCUCGCCCACGUCCCUCGCUUCCGUAUGGUUGUUCUGCCCGAAGAGUAG